AUGAAUUGCUCCUGCGGCGUUCCGGUGCGCUGCACGAUCAGCAAAGCCGGCACCCUGAAUUACACGUGUGCCGUGAGUAAGUGCCGUUUCUUUGCGUUGUCGCCCGUGCAAGCCGAGGGAUGGCGCAGGGUGGUGCCUCCCCCUCGCGGCACGGGCGACUUCGUGGUGGUCCGCUUUGAGGCCGUGCUGCACCCAGAGAAAAAGACGACGCAUGUAGCCGCCACCGUCGCACCGCUUGAACUGGAUGCGGUGACCGCCGUUCUCGAGAACGCGCAGUUUCAGCCGAUGUGGCACGUGGCGAAGCAGGCGUACCUGUACCCAAUGGAGUUCUACGGUCAGGUGGUUGCGGCGCUCAGGGGACUUACGACCCCGCGCGUGCAGGUAGAAGAGAUUCCCCCUUUCUUCUUUCGUUGCCUGAGUGCCGCGCAGGAGAUUCAGGCGCAGCAGCAGCGAGACACGGAGGGGAACGUCUUGAUGGGCGCCGAUGCAGCGGACGUGGUGUACUCGCAGCUGCGGCCGUUUCAGAAAAAAGGGGUGGACUUCAUCGUCGCUCGCGGCGGUCGCGGCAUGAUUGCCGACGACAUGGGCCUCGGCAAGACGGUCCAGGCGCUUGCCGUGGCUCACCACUACCGCAGCGAGUGGCCGGUGCUCAUUGUGUGUCCCCUCUCCCUGGUGGAGAAUUGGGCAAAGGAGCUCACGCGCUUUUGCAGCCUCCCCGCCGGCCGCAUCGCCAUUCUGCAGAACACCAAGGCAAGCAUGAUGGAUGUGCACAGCGCCGUCAUUGUGCCCUACUCCUCGCUGAAGUGUCUGGGCACGCUCUCGGUCAAGUUCCAGGUGGUGAUUCUCGACGAGUCGCACUACAUUAAAACCGUCGACUCUAAGCGAACGAUGGCGGCCCUGGGGCUGUGUCGUAGUGCCCGCCGUGUGUUGCUCCUGUCCGGCACCCCCACGCUCUCACGGCCCAUUGAGCUCUACCCCCAGCUGCAGGCAAUCAUGCACCCCGCAUGGACCCCGACCAAGACGCAGUUCGGUGCGAGGUACUGCAACGCCUUUGUGAGUCGGUUUGGGGUAGACUACACGGGCCACUCGAACAUGAGUGAGCUUCACGUGCUGCUGCAGCACUUCGUCAUUCGCCGCACGAAGCGGGAGCUGGGGGCCGAGCUGCCAUCCAAGAGCCGCCAGCUGUUGUACGUGUACGUCACUCCAAAGGAAAAGAAGGCGCUUGAAAAAAGCGUGCUGGCGCUGCGAAAUUCGUUUAGGGACGGUGCGACGCUCCCAACGUUGGGGGCCGCGACGGGCACGACGAAGACGCAUGGAACUCUUUCGGGUUCCGCCACCAGUGCAGCGGGCGGAGCGGCACCGACGCGAAGUUUGACUGCCUUUGACCUUAAAAUCGCCACGGCGCGGGCCAAGAUAGCGGCUGUGCAGGAUUACGUAAAGAGCACCGCGGAGCAAAUGGUGGAGUCCGGGCAGAAGGUGAUUAUUUUUGCCCAUCACCAGUGCAUGAUGGAGGCGAUUCGUGAGGCGGUGGAGAGUGUGCAGCCGAAGAAGCCGUUGGACUACGUUUACAUCACAGGGGAGACGCCGGCGGCGCAGCGGGAGGCGCUGACGACGCACUUUCGAACCGCGCCCAACUGCCACGUCGCCGUGUUGUCGAUGCACUCCUGUGGGGUGGGUCACAACCUAACCUGCGCCACAAUGGUCGUCUUUGCGGAGCUCGACUGGAACCCAAGCACCCACCUUCAGUGCGAGGACCGCGUGCAUCGCAUGGGGCAAUCCUCCGCGUGCGUCAUCAAAUACCUCCUCGCGGAGGGAACGUCGGACAGUGUCAUUUGGCCCAUGCUGCAGACAAAACUAACCGUGACGCACGCCGUUCUCGAGGACGCAAAGACAUCUGGCGAGGGGUGGAGCGCCGGGGCCGACACACGUCGCAUCCUCCGCUCCGACGUCUCCCCCACGCCGGCGUCGCAGGAGAAGCGGCAGCUGACGCUUGAGGGCUUUCUCUCCCACUCCGCCUCGCACUCACCCCGCCCACCGACGCAAACCAGUGAGGCAAGCGCCGACGUCUUAAAGUCGGCUGACGAACGCACUCAAGCAGAUGCCUCGCCGGGAACGCCGCAACGAAGCCAAUCCGCGGCGGCCCCGGCAGAGACGAUUCUUCUUGACAUGGCAACACUGCGCCAGCAGCGGGAAUCCCGUCGAGCUCCUCCUCCUUCGGCGUCGGGGUCGAGUCCAAUUGCCGCGGUGGCGACGCCGACCCCGCCACACUCCCAGCGGCAGGCAACGUUGCAUGAAGUGGUGGGGAGUUGCCCGUCAACCUCCAUUGCGCAAGCAAAUCCCCCACGAAACCCAAGUGCCUUCCGUGUUUCGGUUGCGGCGAUCACACCUACAAAAUGCACAGGUGCGAGCAACCCACCGGGCCUUUCCAAGAACACCACUUUGUGUGGCUCCCUUGUUUCUCAUCCUGUGCGGACACUCUUUUUGAGCCGACCUGCCGCCGCAACUUCCGCAUCGGCCUGCUCGUCGGUGAAGCCUAGCGGUGGGGCGGCCACUGCUGCUUCUGACGUUGCCUCUGCAGCUCGCAAGGAGGAGGCCCUUAGCCUGGCGCCGGCGCCGCGCUCUGAAGAAUUACGCCGUUAUAAUGCCCGUCGAACGCUUUUCACGCUUGGCAGUGUUGUGGUA